UAACAGACGAUUCUGUUUUUCUUGUUUAGGAAAACACACAACACUACUUCUUUUCCUCCGAAGGUAUUGCGUUCCCAGUGACGAGUUUUCUUUCGACUUUUCCUUAAAACAAUCCGACCACACCAGCACGACGUAAUGGCCGCUUCGCUGCUGCUGAGGAACGCUUGCCGCCGUUCGUUGCUGCAGGGUUACGGAAGUAAUGUCACCCUUCCGCUGGUAGCGGCACGUACGAUCGUGCUGAAGCCGGCACAAUCGGACGUCCGUCCUGGAGAGUCGCACGACGACCGGAAUGCACGGCUGAAGCGACCCCAGUCACCACAUCUGACCAUCUACAGCUUCCAGCUGACGAGCAUGCUAUCGAUUACGCACCGUUUCACCGGGUUGGCACUAACCGGAUACAUUACCGCACUUGGGCUCGGUGCGCUGGCAAUGCCACACGACGCCACACACUACCUGACGAUGCUGGAAGGGCUCAGCGCUCCGACACUGAUUGCGCUGAAGUUCACGCUUGCCUAUCCGUUCGCGUACCAUACGGUCAACGGUGUGCGUCAUCUUUUCUGGGAUUUGGGCAAGUUCCUAACCAUCAAGGAGGUGUAUACUACCGGCUACACGAUGCUGGGUGUGUCCGGUGUACUGGCCGGUUUGUUGACAGCGCUGUAGAAAAGGAAUUCACAUCCCCUCUUUUUUGGCGUGCAUGUAAAUUAACACAAAUGUUAAAAUGUAACGGAAAGGUGCAUACUUUCGAAAUACUGCUAAUUUAUUGAAAACCUUGCAUAGUAGUGGAGGCAAAACUGUCGAAACAAUAAACCAAAUUGACCCAGAAAUCAAGUGAUUUUGAACGGUGUCGCUAAAACAA